CCUAAAACGUAUAGAUAGAUUACUACUCAACGAGCGCUCUGACGAGUAGUAUCCAAACAUCUAUCCAGCCCCCAGCGGCCACUUGCGCAUCAUGUCGACAUACUCGCAGCACUACUACCCGUACCAGGAACAACCAGUUUUCAUCGAUCCGCAUGCAUUUGGAUAUGGUCAAUAUGAUAACCGACGGUCGAAAACACUAACAGAUUCCCUGAUCAACCAUACUGGGCAUUCCCCUGGCCCACUUGCGACCCCACCACUGGCGAGCCGCAAUCUAUCGCAACAGCUGGAACUACCUCAAGAUCAACCGCCCGAGUAUAUGCAAUGGGAGAAUGAUAGUUCUUCGACUUCUCCUACAUCCGUAAGGACACCCGACGGCUCAUCCUUUGAGGGGGAAAUGACUGAUUUCUCGCCCACUUACCACCACAACGGCAACACCAUGUCAACUCAAAGCUCAUAUCACUCUAUACCGGCGGUGGACUCCAGCAUGAUACUCAGUGACCAAGGUUAG